CCCGAGCUGGCUCGCGCUGGGGGUAUGAUGACCCGGCGGCGGGGCCCCGGAUCUCGUCUCCUCCGCCGCCUUUUCACGGCAGCCCCAGCUCGCGGCUGAGAACCAGACACACCGGCGGUAUGGCAUCACAGUUGCAGGUGUUUUCCCCCCCAUCAGUGUCGUCGAGUGCCUUCUGUAGUGCGAAGAAACUGAAAAUAGAGCCCUCUGGCUGGGAUGUGUCAGGACAGAGCAACAACGACAAAUACUAUACCCACGGCAAAACUAUCCCAGCCACACAAGGACAAGCCAGCUCCUCUCACCAGGUAGCAAAUUUCAACAUCCCUGCUUACGACCAGGGCCUCCUUCUACCAGCUCCGGCAGUGGAGCAUAUUGUUGUAACUGCCGCGGAUAGCUCAGGCAGUGCUGCUACAUCGACCUUCCAAAGUAGCCAGGCCCUGACUCACAGAAGCAACGUUUCUUUGCUUGAGCCAUAUCAAAAAUGUGGACUGAAAAGAAAAAGUGAGGAGGUUGACAGCAACGGUAGCGUGCAGAUCAUAGAAGAACAUCCCCCUCUCAUGCUGCAAAACAGGACUGUGGUGGGUGCUGCUGCCACAACCACCACUGUGACCACAAAGAGUAGCAGUUCCAGUGGAGAAGGGGAUUACCAAUUGGUCCAGCAUGAGAUCCUUUGUUCUAUGACCAACAGCUAUGAAGUCUUGGAGUUCCUAGGUCGGGGGACAUUUGGACAGGUGGCUAAGUGCUGGAAGCGGAGCACCAAGGAAAUUGUGGCUAUUAAGAUCUUGAAAAAUCAUCCCUCCUAUGCCAGACAAGGACAGAUUGAAGUGAGCAUCCUUUCCCGCCUGAGCAGUGAAAAUGCUGAUGAGUAUAAUUUUGUCCGUUCUUAUGAGUGCUUUCAGCAUAAGAAUCACACCUGCCUUGUGUUUGAAAUGCUGGAACAGAACCUCUAUGAUUUUCUAAAGCAGAACAAGUUUAGCCCACUGCCACUCAAGUACAUCAGGCCAAUCUUACAGCAGGUGGCCACAGCCUUGAUGAAACUCAAGAGCCUUGGUCUGAUUCACGCUGACCUUAAGCCUGAAAACAUAAUGCUGGUGGAUCCAGUGCGCCAACCCUACCGAGUGAAGGUCAUUGACUUUGGUUCUGCUAGCCAUGUUUCCAAAGCUGUUUGCUCAACCUACUUACAGUCACGUUAUUACCGAGCUCCUGAAAUCAUUCUUGGAUUGCCAUUUUGCGAAGCUAUUGAUAUGUGGUCCCUGGGUUGUGUGAUAGCCGAGCUGUUUCUGGGAUGGCCUCUUUAUCCUGGUGCUUCAGAGUAUGAUCAGAUUCGUUACAUUUCACAAACUCAAGGCCUGCCAGCUGAAUAUCUUCUCAGUGCUGGGACAAAAACGACCAGGUUUUUCAAUAGAGAUCCUAAUUUGGGAUACCCGCUGUGGAGACUAAAGACACCCGAAGAACAUGAAUUGGAGACUGGAAUAAAAUCCAAAGAAGCUCGGAAGUACAUUUUUAACUGUUUAGAUGACAUGGCUCAGGUGAACAUGUCUACAGACUUGGAAGGAACAGACAUGUUGGCAGAGAAGGCAGAUCGAAGAGAAUACAUUGAUCUUUUAAAAAAAAUGCUGACAAUUGAUGCAGAUAAGAGAAUUACUCCACUGAAAACUCUUAACCAUCAGUUUGUGACAAUGACUCACCUUCUGGAUUUUCCACAUAGCAAUCAUGUUAAAUCUUGUUUCCAAAACAUGGAGAUCUGCAAGCGGAGGGUUCACAUGUAUGAUACAGUGAGUCAGAUCAAGAGUCCUUUCACUACACAUGUUGCCCCCAAUACAAGCACAAAUCUAACCAUGAGCUUCAGCAAUCAGCUCAAUACAGUGCACAAUCAGGCCAGCGUUUUAGCUUCCAGUUCUACUGCAGCAGCUGCCACACUUUCCUUGGCCAAUUCAGAUGUCUCCCUGCUCAACUACCAGUCUACUUUGUAUCCAUCGUCUGCAGCACCAGUUCCUGGAGUUGCCCAGCAAGGUGUUUCCUUGCAGCCUGGAACGACCCAGAUUUGCACUCAGACAGAUCCAUUCCAACAAACUUUCAUAGUUUGUCCCCCUGCUUUUCAAACUGGACUACAAGCAACAACAAAGCACUCUGGAUUCCCUGUGAGGAUGGAUAAUGCUGUGCCACUUGUGCCCCAGGCGCCGGCAGCUCAGCCGCUGCAGAUUCAGUCAGGAGUCCUCACACAGGGAAGCUGUACACCACUAAUGGUAGCAACUCUCCACCCUCAAGUAGCCACCAUCACACCGCAGUAUGCGGUGCCCUUUACUCUGAGCUGCGCAGCCGGCCGGCCGGCGCUGGUUGAACAGACUGCCGCUGUACUGCAAGCUUGGCCUGGAGGAACUCAGCAAAUUCUCCUGCCUUCAACUUGGCAACAGUUGCCCGGGGUAGCUCUCCACAACUCUGUCCAGCCCACAGCAGUGAUUCCAGAGGCCAUGGGGAGUGGCCAGCAGCUAGCUGACUGGAGGAAUGCCCACUCUCAUGGCAACCAGUACAGCACGAUCAUGCAGCAGCCGUCCUUGCUGACUAACCAUGUGACGUUGGCCACUGCUCAGCCCCUGAAUGUUGGUGUUGCCCAUGUUGUUAGGCAACAACAGUCUGGUUCCCUUCCUUCAAAGAAGAAUAAGCAGUCUGCUCCAGUCUCAUCUAAGCCUUCUUUGGAUGUUCUGCCUUCUCAAGUCUAUUCUCUGGUUGGAAGCAGUCCCCUUCGCACCACAUCUUCGUACAAUUCUCUAGUUCCUGUUCAAGAUCAGCAUCAGCCGAUCAUCAUUCCAGAUACUCCCAGCCCUCCUGUGAGUGUCAUCACUAUCCGCAGUGACACUGAUGAAGAAGAGGACAAUAAGUACAAGCCCAAUAGCUCUGCCCUGAAGCCGAGGUCCAAUGUCAUCAGUUACGUCACUGUCAAUGAUUCUCCAGACUCUGACUCUUCUUUGAGCAGCCCAUAUUCCACUGAUACCCUGAAUGUACUCCGGGGCAAUAGUGGACCUCUCCUGGAGGGGCCUGGCAGAGUCGUGGCAGAUGGCACAGGCACCCGCACCAUCAUUGUGCCUCCUCUGAAAGCCCAGCUUGGUGACUGCACUGUAGCAUCGCAGGCCUCAGGUCUUCUGAGCAGUAAGACCAAGCCAGUGGCCUCAGUGAGUGGGCAGUCGUCAGGAUGCUCUGUCACUCCCACAGGGUACCGAGCUCAGCGCGGGGGCACCAGCGCAGCACAGCCACUCAACCUUAGCCAGAACCAGCAGUCUUCGUCAGCUCCAACCUCACAAGAGAGAAGCAGCAAUCCUGCUCCCCGCAGGCAGCAGGCGUUUGUGGCCCCGCUCUCCCAAGCUCCCUACGCCUUCCAGCAUGGCAGCCCAUUACACUCAACGGGGCACCCACACCUGGCCCCGGCCCCUGCUCACCUGCCAAGCCAGCCUCACCUGUAUACGUAUGCCGCUCCCACCUCUGCAGCCGCAUUGGGCUCCACCAGCUCUAUUGCUCAUCUUUUCUCCCCUCAAGGUUCUUCAAGGCAUGCUGCAGCCUAUACCACUCACCCUAGCACUCUGGUACACCAGGUGCCUGUCAGUGUUGGGCCCAGUCUCCUCACUUCUGCCAGCGUGGCCCCUGCUCAAUACCAACACCAGUUUGCCACUCAGUCUUACAUUGGAUCUUCCCGAGGCUCAACAAUUUACACUGGAUACCCGCUGAGUCCUACCAAAAUCAGCCAGUAUUCCUACUUGUAGUUGAUGAGCUUGAGGGAGGAGGGCCGUGGCUGCCUGUACCUGGCCCUGAGCUCCUAAUAAUGCUCUCUGGUGAGCUCCUUCCUUACACUCUCAGCCAGCAUCUUGUUCUGCAGGGGCCCACUGAAGCAGAAGGUUUUUCUCUGGGAAACCUGUCUCAGUGUUGGCUGCAUUGUUGUAGUCUCUCGUCUGCCCUGUUUUUUAAUUCUUUCCUUUUGUGACAGCGUUCUUGGUGUUCGGAGGAGUUCACAUGCCCAUCUUCUGCCUAGUCACCACUGGAGAGAGAUCUUUCUGAAGUACCCUUUGAAAAAUAUUUUCCUCUCCAGCUUGAUUUUUAUAAAUGCUUUAAAAAAAAUAAAAAAGAGUGAAACCCUUCUUUAUUUGACUUUGUUCUAUUGCAAUUGCUAGGCAGAAGCAAGAAGCUGACAGAAAGACUUGGAACAUGGUAACAA